AUGUCAAGCACUAUGGAUUUAGAGUUGAGCGUAAUCGACCAUCACCAUCAGAACAAUAAUAAUCAUUAUUUCCAACAUAAUAAUAAUAAUAAUGAAGACGAAUUUUUUACAACUACAACCAAUUUAAUCAGUAAUAACAAAUCGAAUAUUAAUGGAAAGGUACAAUUGGUAUUUAAAAAUAUAUCUUAUAGUAUUAAUAAGAAACCUGAAAAGGUGAGGAGAUGGAUAUGGCCGGAUCAAAGAAAAAAGGGUGUCGACGGAGAAGUGGUUGGUGGAGCGUCAGAGAAAACUGGAAACUCAAAACAAAAGGAAAUUACAAUCUUGCACAAUGUCAGUGGCGUCGUGGAGCCUGGAAGUCUGUUGGCGUUGAUGGGACCAAGUGGAUCGGGUAAAAGUACGUUGAUAGAUAUUUUAGCCAAGAGAAAGAGUAGUGGUACUGUCACUGGCGAGAUAUUGGUCAAUGGAAAGCAGAUUAGUGACUCUUCGUACAAACAAUACUGUUCCUAUGUAACACAGGAAGACACGUUACUCCAAACUUCAACGGUCGAGGAAACACUUACAUUCUACGCUGACCUUAGACUACACGGUUACACUCGAGAACAAAAGAUGGAACGUGUUAGAAAUGUUUUACAAGAGAUUGGGUUGACUGAAAAGGCCGAUACCAAAAUUGGAGGGUUGUUACCCGGUGGUAUUGUAUUGGGUGGGUUGUCUGGCGGAGAGAAACGUCGUGUGUCGAUUGGAUGUGGACUAGUCACCAACCCGAGCAUCAUUAUAUGCGAUGAAGCUACUAGUGGGCUAGACAGCGCCUCUGCACUGUCUGUCAUGAACACAUUGACCAGUCUAACGCAAAAAGGUGUCACUGUCAUUUGCUCGAUCCAUCAACCACGUACUGAAAUAUACAAUCUCUUUAGCAAGGUCAUGAUCCUCGUCAAAGGUCGCCUGAUAUACGGUGGAAACAAGCCACUUGCAUACUUUGAGUCACUUGGCUACUCGUGUCCCACCUAUCUCAACCCCGCCGACUUCUUUUUAGACACUGCAGUCUCCAUCGGCGAAAGUUUCAACUAUCUAGAUAUUUGUGAACAAUGGGAAAAUAACAAAGAGUCAUUAUCAAUGUUUGAUAACCUAGUUCAAGAUUUACCAAUUGAAAUUAGACCAAGACCAUCAGGAUUAUAUCAAUAUAAAGUAUUAGUUUCAAGACAAUUUAAAGAUUAUAUUAGAAACCCAGGUAAUUUUUGGUCAAGAACUAUAACGGCAUUUGUAAUGGGACUGUUGUAUGGAGCAUGUUUUGCUAAUCUUUCAGAUAGCCAAGAAGAUAUAUCUAAAAAGAUUGGACUGUUAUUCUUCCUCGGUGGAACAUUUAAUUUAUUACCAUUUACUUCUAUUUCCCUUUUCCUAUCGGGUAGGACAUUGUUUAAUGCUGAAAGAGCUGCUAAAAUCUAUCACCCAUUCCCAUACUUUAUAGCAAUGUUGUCGGUUGAAUUUGUUACGGUAUUUUGUGUGACUAUUGCAUUGGCUGGUACUACUUAUUGGAUAUCUGAUCUGAGGUCUGAUGUACCUAGAUUCUUUUUUGCAAUGUUGGUUUUAUUGGUCGUUCAUAUCUUAUCGGAUCUAUGUAUCAUUACAUUAUCCAAUCUCACAGCUACUCAAGAUCAUGCCAUUUCAAUCAAUUCAGCACUUACCAUUGUCUACCAACUUUUCGCCGGGUUUUACGUUCCCGUCAAACAACUACCAAGUGGUUUUAGUUGGCUUCAUUGGAUUAGUCCUCUCUUUUACGCUUUUACUUCACUCAUGAUCAAUGAAUUUGAUGAAGUCAUCCUUCAGUGUCCUGAACCCCCAAAACCUUGUCUUUUCCCAACUGGCUACAAUGUAUUAGAUUAUUGGGGUAUUACAACUUGGUCAAGAGAAAAUACUUUUGCUGUUGUUGUUACUUGGAUGGUUGUAUUCUUUUUCACUGCUUAUUGGGCACUUUGUAAAUUACACAAAGAAAAAAGAUAG